AUCUCUCGGAUUUUGACGUUUCAGUUCAUGAAAUUUACAGAAAAUGUUUUCAUUCAAAUUCCGAUUUUCUGUAAUUUUAUAAAUACGAGUAACAAAUUACAAUAGAAAAAUGAAUUAUCUAGUCCGUAUGAACAGAUGUUACAUAAAUACUUUUAGGAAUAAUUUUACCGUAAGUUCGCCGGCCACUUUGCUGGUUCCAAAACAAAUUGUACAAAAUGUAUUAAAUCGAGGCGCUCACGAACAGAAGAAGAAUAUCAGGUCAACGCUUAAUUAUAUGGUGGCCUUAGGUGUAAUGACUGUAGGGUUAAGUUAUGCUGCAGUACCUUUAUACAGGAUUUUCUGUCAGGCUUACAGUUAUGGUGGGACUACAGCUCAAGUGGAGUCCGCAGAGGUGGUCGGCAACAUGAAGGCCGUCAAGAGCAGGCCCAUCAAGAUACGGUUUAACGCUGACGUUGCAUCGUCCAUGCAGUGGAACUUCAAGCCCCAGCAAAUUGACAUUACUGUAGUUCCAGGAGAGACUGCUCUUGCGUUUUACACGGCCCGUAAUCCAACUAAUAAGCCAGUCACUGGCAUCAGCACAUACAAUGUGAUCCCAUUUGAGGCCGGACAGUACUUCAACAAGAUUCAGUGCUUCUGUUUCGAGGAGCAACAGCUGAAUCCACAUGAGCAGGUUGACAUGCCUGUGUUCUUCUACAUCGACCCAGAGUUUACCGAAGACCCUAGAAUGGAAUUUGUAGAUGAGAUUGUGCUUUCAUACACAUUCUUUGAGGCUAAAGAGGGAAUGAAACUCCCUGUACCUUCGUACGUAAAGUAAAUGUAUGAUAACCUGGUAGUAUUUGAUCAAAUCAAGUAUCAGAAAUGAUGGUACAAUGCUUUUAUUAGAAAGUACUAGAUGUGUGUCAUUGCAUCAUUUCUUGUGAUGGGUUGAUAUUUUGUUAAGUUUUCAAUUAUUAUAAAAAAUAUUUUAUGA